AGCCGCCGCCGUCGCUUUGCCUCGUUCCGCGACCCCGCCGGCGCUCGGGGAGGGGCCGCCAUGGCGGCGUAGCCUCGCCCCCGCCCGCCCCUUCCUCCCCGCUGCGGGCGCUGAAGGCGCGGCGGCGGUGCGGCCUAGCGCGGAGGGUGGAUCCCCGGCCUCGCGCAGCGGUUGCUGCCCGCGAAGGGCCGCCCUCCCCGGGGCCAUGUCCCUCGUGGCCUACGCCAGCAGCGAGGAGGACAGCGAUGCGGAGGAGCCUGCGGGCGAGGAGGAGGAAGCCGCCGAUUCUCCCCCAGCCACAGCCGAGCAGCCCUCGUCCCGGGGGCUUUUCGCCGCGCUGCCCCCGCCCAGAGCCUCCGCGGUGCCCCCGUCGUUCUUCAUGGGACCCCCGCCCACUGUGAGCGUCUUCGGCAGCACCCCGCCGGGCCGGGCCAGGGCCGAGAGCCCCCCCGAGCCGGCCGCCAGCGAGGACGGGGCCGCGGAGUCCUCCCGGGCGAGGGGGCUCCUCCUGCCGCCCCCCAGGAAUGCGGCCACCGCCGCCUCCCCCCUCAGCCCGCCCCCCGCUGCCUCCCCCGGGGCGGGUUUGGGCCUCCCCAAGCCAAAGAAGAGGACGGAGCCAGUGCGGAUCGCGGCGCCCGAGCUGCACAAGGGGGAUUCAGAUUCCGAGGAAGAUGAACCAGCAAAGAAAAAAAAUACUCUUCAGGUACGCAGCGAGGGCUCCGGCUUGUCCGCUUUGCUUCCUCAGCCCAAAAACAUGACAGUGAAAGAGACCAAUCGGCUCCUCCUGCCCUACGCGUUCUCCAGGAAAGCUGCAGAAAACACCUCUGACUCCAAGCCUGCCAAGGCCCCAAGCUCUUCCUCCAAAGUCAAACCCAUGGCCAAGCCCGCCGUGCCCACAACUCCGUCCCCGUCGGCGAUCAAAGCCGCGGCCAAGAGCGCAGCGCUGCAGGUAACCAAACAGAUCACCCAGGAGGAGGAGGAGAGCGACGAGGAGGUGCAGCCAGAGAACUACUUCUCCUUGUCCGACAGGAGCGAGCCCAGCGCUGUGGGCGCCGAGCCAUACCUGUACCCUGGCACGGGGGGGUCGGAGGACCCUCCACCUGGGACAGAGCCGGAACCCCAGUUCCAGGACGCGGCCGCUAACGCCCCUCUGGAGUUCAAGACGGGUGUGGGCUCCAGUGGAGUUCAGCACAGCUGGGCACCCAAACCUGGCGAGGACUACGGUAGCCACCCCUAUGGCCAGUUCCCCCCCACCUACAGUGAGCAUGGGGGCUACUACCAGGAUUACUACAGCAGUGGGUACUACCCAGAGGUGGAACCAGCCCAGGCCCCACCGCAGGAGACAAGCACGGACUCCUCCUUCAUCGACGACGAAGCGUUCAAGCGUCUGCAAGGCAAGCGGAAUCGUGGGAGGGAAGAGAUCAACUUUGUGGACAUCAAAGGUGAUGACCAGCUGAGCGGGGCCCAGCAGUGGCUGACCAAAUCCUUGACAGAGGAGAAGACCAUGAAGUCAUUCAGCAAGAAAAAAGGAGAUCAGCCCACAGGACAGCAAAGGAGAAAACACCAGAUCACAUACCUGAUCCAUCAGGCCAAGGAGAGGGAACUGGAACUAAAAAACACAUGGUCUGAAAACAAGCUCAGCAGACGGCAGACUCAAGCCAAGUACGGAUUCUGACACAUCUGUCCUGCUUUGUUGGCUGGUGUCCCGGGUGACCUGCUGUGUCCGGUGUCUCCUGGCCCUGGGAGAUCAGCCAGGCCCCAGGACGGGGCUGCUCACUGGGAGGGAGGACACUGCACUACCUGGCCUGGCAGGAAGGGUCAUUGCAAGCCGGUCCUGAAACUCUACCUGUAAUCCUUCCCCCCCUCCUUGUAAACGAUAACGUGGAAGUUCUGAUCAGGCAAGGACGGUCCCAAGACACUGCAGGGAAUGUGCUGGCUGUAAGGCUCCAGCUUCUGUCCUGAGGGAACAGGCUGUGCCUGCUGAUGCCAGACCCUUCAGCAGAGGCUCAAUAAACUCCCAGUUCCCACUUUGUUCCUCUCUUGGACUUGCUGUGCAUUGAGAGUCUCGUUUCCCUUUCUAAAACAGUGAUUUCCAAGAGCAAGCCUGGCUUUGGAAUUUUUAUUUUGUCCUUACCUUUAAGAUGUCCUCACAGCUGUUUCCUUAUGUCUGGGCUGCUCCAGCACUCUCAUGCCAAUGAUUUUGAUAUCCUGGUUUUUAAGUUGGUGUUUUUGCUCUGGGCUCCACAGCCUGAGCUGUGCUGAGGGGACACCCCUGUGCAGUUCAAACCCUGUGCCAGGGCAACUACCACAUGUGGAGGGGAGAGUCUCCUGCCUGGCACACUCAGGGCUUUGGGAUACCCUGAGCCAUGUGUGCAUGUAUAUUGUCCUUCCUUCCUUUUUCCCCCUUUCUUCCUCCCCCCAACCCAAGGCCUACUGUCCUGCCCCAGGCUGUUCUCAGACUCAUCAAACUGAGUAUCCCAGUGUCCCACAUGUGGCUGGCUGGGAGUGAGCUCUGCAGUUUCCUCUGGGUAGACACAGAGGAGAGCUGCCAACUGUACUUUUUUUUCUAGCUUGUUUAUAUCAGUUAUCUUUCAAUUAAGUGUUGACUUUACCCUCCUGUCUGGGAUGAGGAGAGUGCCCAGCCCUAACUUCUUAAAAAUCAAACCAUUUUUUUAUUUAAGGAAUUCUGUCAAGGUGAUGCAAAUCCUGUGCAGCUCUGCUGGCCCAAUCCAUGGAUCCAAAUCUCUGUGGCAUCACUUUGUUGUUCACCAAAGUGUGUGAUGUCGAAGGGAGCAGAGAGCUGGCCUGGUUAUUUAACUUAUAUUCCCACCAGUCCUGGUUUUAUUUGUUGUAACCACAGCUCAAAUGGCCAAUAUUCAUUAUUCCGGUAAGAAUAACUCCCAAGAGGUGUUUUUUCUCCCAUGUUACCUCUUAAAAAGAGGCAAACCCCCAUGACUGAAGUCGUUUCUUAGAACAUUUUAAACUAAUCUCAUUUUUAGUUUAGCUCCCUGUAUGUUUAGUACUUUGCAGAGCCUGUUUUGAGUAUUUGAAUGAUCAGAAUAAAGUUACUGUUGAGUAAUUUA